AUGUCGACUUCAACUAGCGAAAGCCCGUCUCUGGACAAGAACAAUGCUACCGUCUCGCCCGAUGCACCUGUACCAGUUGAAAGCCCUGAAAAGCGCAUUCUUCAAUUCGAUGAAUUAUCUGCUGCUGACAGGGCUUUAGCGGAACAAUUUGGUUAUCAACCGGUCUUCAAGCGCGAAUUCGGUUAUUUAUCCACCUUUUCGUUCGCUUUCAGUAUUUCCGGUCUCUUCGCGACCAUUGCGACUACCUUCUCAUACCCGCUUUAUGCCGGUGGCUCGGCCUCGGUGGUUUGGUGUUGGCUUAUAUCCGGUGCGGGAUGUAUGUGUAUUGCGGCGUCUGUGGCUGAAUUGGUAUCCGCAUAUCCCACAAGCGGCGGUCUCUAUUUUACUGUUUCUCGUCUUGUACCUCCACGAUGGGUGCCUUCUAUCAGCUGGUACACUGGCUGGAUCAAUCUGCUCGGUCAGAUUGCUGGUAUCGCUUCUUCCGAGUAUGGAUCGGCUCAAAUGUUGCUUGCAGCAGUCUCCAUGGGUCGUGAUUUCGAAUGGCUUCCGACAACAGGACAAACGGUCGGUGUCAUGGCCGCCUUGACUGUUCUCUGUGGUGUUCUCAAUUCAUUGCCCACCGGCUGGAUGGAGAAGAUGACUCGGUCGUAUGUUAUUUUCCAUCUGCUCGUGCUGUAUGUCUUUACGCACGUUGAGCCGGAUUCGGGUUGGUCACCGGUGGGAUUUUCAUUUAUGUUUGGAUUCUUGUCUGUUUCGUGGACUAUGACGGAUUACGACGCUACGGCUCAUAUUGCCGAAGAAAUCCGUAAUCCCGAGAUCAAAGCUCCAUGGGCCAUCUUCCUUGCCAUGGGCGCCGUAUACGUUCUCGGAUUUUUGUUCAACAUUGUCCUAUGUUUCUGCAUGGGCGAUGUAGCUUCCAUCCUCAGUUCUCCGAUUGAACAACCCGUGGCCCAGAUCUUCUACAACAGUCUCGGCAAACAAGGUGGUCUCGUCUACGCCUCUUGCGCCUUUAUUCUCUUGCAAUUCAUCUGCUUCACUGCUACUCAAGCUCUUGCCCGUACAGUCUUUGCCUUCUCUCGUGACCGUUUGCUGCCCUUUUCCGGUGUGUGGCGUAAAGUGAACUCGGUGACGGGUACUCCAUUGUACGCCGUAUGGUUCUCCGUCUUUUGGUGCAUUGCUAUCAACCUAAUCGCUCUCGGUAACUACGCCGCCAUCUUAGGUGUCUUCAACAUCACCGCCAUCGCUCUCGACUGGUCCUACAUUAUCCCUGUGGUUUGCAAACUCCUCUUUAACCAGUUUGAGCCUGGCCCAUGGCAUAUGGGCAAAUUCUCUACUGCGGUCAAUCUCUGGGCUGUUAUCUGGACUGUGUUUGCCUCUAUUAUUUUCUUCUUCCCGACAUCCCGACCUGUUACUGGCGAAACCAUGAAUUAUGCUGUUGUCUUUAUGGCGUUUAUCUUGUUGUGUGCCAUGGUUUAUUGGUAUGUGCGUGGAAAGAAAUUCUAUGUUGGCCCGAUCAAGGAGACUAUUAUUCAGGGACAAGCUAAUGGGGGAAUGAUGGAGUCGGUUCCUGUCAUGAAUUUGGAGAAGUCUUCUUAGACUACGACAAGUUUCGAACCUGAAAAGCUUGGGAAAGCUUAGAAGGGGUUAGGAGUAGGAGAGGAUGAUACGUCCAUCAAACAAUUCUAUUCACUUGCUUUGAGAUUCGAUGCAUGUAUGUAUGUACUAUCAACUUAGUAAACGGAGGCAAUCUGAAAAGUUUUAGCUUUGG